CUAUUUCCACCUGAUUGUACCACGUGACAUUACGACAGAAGGCCAAAAUUGGAACAUAAGGAAAAUGGCUUCCGUGAAUAUAGCAAAGCAUGUCAAUCUCGAGGAUAUUAAUAAAGAUGGAAAGGGUGUAAAGCAUCUGCAGCAACAUGAAAAAGAUCUCCAUAGCGACCUACAAGCCGUAGAUCCAGAAAGUCUUAUCAAACAUCCCUUACAGAGGAGAUGGUCUAUGUGGUUCUUCAAGAAUGACAAAGCCAAAUCAUGGACAGAAAACCUUAGAAUUGUCACAGCCUUUGAUACAGUAGAAGAUUUCUGGUCACUUUAUAAUUACAUUCAAGUUGCAAGUGGAUUAGCGUCAGGAUGCGACUACUCAUUAUUUAAGGAUGGUGUGAAACCAAUGUGGGAAGACGACAAGAACAAAGAUGGUGGCAGGUGGCUGAUAGGUUUCGAUCGCAAAUCAAAAUCACAAGACAUAGACAGAUGCUGGUUAGAAACGAUGUUGCUAAUGAUAGGAGAGAGCUUCGAUGAUGACUCAGAUUUAGUCAACGGUGCAGUUGUCAACAUUAGAAGUAAAGGAAAUAAGAUCGCAAUGUGGACAGGGGACUGGCGGAAAGAAGACUCAAUAACCAAUAUAGGACGAAAAUUCAAAGAUAGGUUAGGUCUCCCACACAAAUACACAAUAGGUUUUGAGGCACAUAAAGACACAAUGACGAAGACCGGGUCUAUGGCAAAGAGUCUCUACACUGUAUGAUACACGCCCUUUCCACCCUCCUUCGCCAUUUACCAAGUGUCCGUCUCUCCGUACCCCGUCGAGAUCCGUCGCCGUUUUCAUCGCUGCCUCGUGUACCACACUCCCAACGACUACAAGCAUCACCCCCUCUAUAUCAUGGGACAACCCCCUGCUUGUGUAAAUGCCUCUGCAUGCGGCAUGAUGUACACACAGAAAUAAGAUUAUUGAGACUUAUGACCUGUUUCUGCAGAUGAGGUUGCAAGUAACUCCAGCUAUUUUCUCUAUAGUGUCACAGUUUCUGCAGAUGAGGUUGCAAGUAACUCCAGCUAUUUUCUCUAUAGUGUCACAGCUUUAUACAGGCAAAAGAAAGUUUAUCUUUUUCACCAACUGUGGCAGAGCUUUUCUAACAUAAUCCAAUUUGUUUGGGUUUUAUUCUCUUAUGAUUGAUAUAAGCUGUAACUUUUAAAGUCCAAUAGAUUUGUGAUUUUGCAGCAAUGUUGCAUAACCAAUACAUCCUUUUGAGUUUCUUUUUUUCUUGUGUUUGACUAUAGAUAUCAGCAUUUUCAUGUUCUGCGUGCAUUGAAUGUUUAAGGCCUGUGAGUUGAAUUUUGCGAAACACUCUUUUUGCCUUAGUGGUUUUAUUGAUUGUGUUAUUUGUAUGAAUGACAUGCUGCUUCAAUAUUAUUUCCACUUAUUUCCAUUUCCAAUAUUAAGAUUGAACAAUCUGCGUCCUAAAUCAAGUGUUCGCCAAAAAUAUUUCUCAUCGUAUGAGUAUUAUGUGCUGGUAAAUAUAUAGGGAAAUCAUUGUAAAUAUCACCACAAAAUGAAGAGUUUGUUUAUAAAUUCUCUUUGCCAAACACUUUGAUUUGAUUUUCAACUUGUAUUAUUGUGAUGCAAUCUAGGUGAGGGUUAACCCAUCAUUUCAUAUACAGAUAAUCUAUAUUUGUCUUCUUUAGGCCCUCAUUGUUCUUCAGAUGGUCCUGUUAAAGUGUAAACACACCUCAAUGUAUGAAAACACAGAACUUCACAUUUGGUCUUGCAUUCAUAACUACGUUGUUUAUUCUGCCAAAUGGCCAAUUCAUGCUCCCUAAUUGAAAUUUAAUGCGUACCUAAAUAACUAUGCUCUCACUCUGAAUAUUUUUCAGUGGUCUACCUUUUUUUUCAACCAAUAUGUAUCGAGAUAAAAUUUCAACCUGGACCCUGUCUUACAAAGAGUUGCAGGUGAUCCAAUCAACCACAACUAUGGAAAGCCAGCAACAUCAGCAUCGAAAAUACAAGUUUGUUCAAAAUGUUUUCUUGAUAUGAUGUACCGUAAGGGCACUGGUAUUCAACCUGUUUGGAAAGUUUCCUCAAAUAUAUAGAAAUAUGGAAUUUACCUUAAUUUCAGACCUGUCGGCGAUGGUUUUUGGCACUAGUAUUCAACCUAGCGAUGAAAGAUGGCCCUGUCUCUUAAUCUGCCCUUGUCUCAUACGACUAUGGACUAGACCAUUUUAGAUGAGACCAAACGGAAUUGGUCAAAGCCAGAGACUUACAUAGAUCUUGAUCUAGUUUAGCAAUCUAAACCCUUUCGAGAUUUGCUUUCUCUCAUCACUAGGUUGAAUACUAGUGCAAUUCAGUGCAAAAGGCCAUCGCCGCAUGAUUCGAUUCUCCGCGCACAGUUGAGAUUAAUAAAGAAAAUACCGACAACAGGUUACCCUGGAAAUAACAAAGGUAUGAAAUUAGGAUGAAUUCCCUAUUUCUAAAUAUUUGAGGGAAUUUCUCCAAAUCUUUGAAUUAUGCCGGGUUGAAUACGAGUGCCCAUACGGUAUGUGAUGUAUAUUAAUACCUUUAUAAAGUUUCUUGAUAUUUUAGUAUGUUCCUCUUUGGACAUUGUGCAAAUACC